CAUGGGUCGGCUCCUUGGCCAUGGGCAUGAUUUUCUUCUGCUCUCCCAUCGUCAGCAUUUUCACCGACCGGAUCGGCUGCACGACCCCCACGACCACCCGGGCCCCGCCAGCCACGGGAGCUGCCAUCGCCUUCAUCGGGCUGCUCUCCAGCUCCUUCACCAAGUCUCUGGAAGUUCGUUAUUUCACCUAUGGGAUCCUCUUUGGCUGUGGCAGCUCCUUCGCCUUCCAGCCCUCGCUGGUCAUCCUUGGUCACUACUUCAAGCGCCGCCUUGGCUUGGCCAACGGCAUCGUGGCCGGUGGCAGCUGCCUCAUCUCCGUGCCACUUCCCUUCUUCCUGAAGAUAGUUGGGGAAGCCAUUGGGCUGGCACAUACUUUCCAAGUACUCAGUGCCUUAAUGCUCAUCCAGAUAUUCUUGUCCAUGACCUAUCGGCCCAUCUUGCCACCUUCUUGUGACUCUCAGCGGGACGGGCAGGACAAGCUGGGCAGCCGGAGCAUGCGGCAGCAAUGCUGGUCCCAGACACGCAAGUAUUUCAACUUGAGGAUUUUCCGGAGGAAGACCUAUCGGAUUUGGGCCUUUGGGAUCGCUACUGCUGUCCUGGGAUAUCUUGUACCUUACAUGAACCUGGUAAAAUACGUGGAGAAACGAUUUCAAGAAACCAAAAAGGACUGGAUCCUCCCGGUUUGCCUCGGAGCUAUGUCGGGGCUGGGGCGCUUGAUUGCAGGGCGCAUUGGUGACUGCAUUCCUGGGCUGAAGAAGAUUUACCUGCAGGUUGCAUCCUUCGUGCUGUUGGGCAUCCUGUGCAUGAUGAUCCCCCAGUGCCAAGGGUUUGAGGGUGUCAUUGUCAUCUGCCUCUUCCUCGGCCUUUGCGAUGGCUUCUUCACCACCAUCAUGGCCCCCAUUGCCUUUGAGCUGGUGGGGCCCAUGCAGGCAUCCCAGGCCAUAGGGUACCUCAUGGGGCUGAUGGCUGUGCCCAUGACCGCGGGUACGCCGAUAGCAGGAUACCUCAAUGAUUACUUUGGGAAUUAUGACGCAGCCUUUUAUUUUGCCGGAGUCCCCCCCAUCAUCGGUGGCUUGGUGCUCUCUGUUGUCCCACUGGUCCACCAGAGGAUGCUGAAGAAGCAGCGCCUGGAUUCUGGCAAAGACAAGAUGCUGUCCUCGGAGGCGGUGGUAAAUGGGGAGCUGCUGCCAGGCUGUCCAGCCUCUGAAGCACACAUAUAA